AUGCAAAUGCCGAAUGCCGGUACUAAUGCGAUACGAUGUCGACCAGACAAUGAAAAAUUGGUUACCGUAGCGCGAUGUGUUUCCCGAGUAAGAUUAUUCCGAUGUGAAACUGGAAAACAACUGGUCAUGUUCGAUCUACAUCGACAACAAGUGAAUACUAUCGAUGUUGCUUAUGAUAAUCAACAAAUGGUAGACGUUGUUUAUAUUAAUAUUCCAACAGAACUAAUACGUUUUGAUCAUAAGUUAAAUAAUAAUCUCGUCAUACCGACUAAUUUAGAUCGAUUAAUUAAAAAAUAUGAACCAAAAUUAAAAAUUGUUUAUACAAAAGAUUAUGGUCCAGCUACAAAACUAUUAGGAAGUUUACAUCUAGAAAAUAAUUCUCAAACAAUUCUAAUCACUGUUGAUGAUGAUUGUGUUUAUCAUAGAUCAACAUUUGCCUAUCUUAUUGGAACAAUCAUUCACCUUCCUCACCACUUGAUACCGGCAUUUGUCUGUGAAAAAUAUUGGGUAUUAACAAAGGAAUGGAGUUGGCGAUCUACACGUGGAAAAUGCGAAGGAUUUCUAGCAGCAUAUGCUUCUGUGGCCUAUCGACGAAAUUAUUUUGAUAAGGAUAUAUUUGAUUAUACAAAUGUGCCUGGUGGUUGUGUAUUGCAUGAUGAUGUUUAUAUAAGUGGAUAUUUGUAUAGAAAGGGAAUUCGACCAUAUAUAAUUGGACGACGAGGACCAUUUGAUAUAGGAAAACCGUGGAGUGUGUUAAAACAUUAUUAUGAAACAAAUAUAACUGUGGGAAAAUCAAACGAUGUAAGAUCAAAACAAGUCUGUUGUCUGAAAUAUUUUGAUUAUUUUACUUGA